UCUUCAAACCUUCUGCCGCGGGCCGGUCCUAAGAUGGCGGCUCCUGAGGAGAGCGCGGGGGAAGGCGUCGUCGCGCAGGGCCCGGCAGCUCCCCGUGGGGCUGCGUUGCUCCCUCAGCUUCUCCAGAACCGUCCCCCACCGGCAGCUGAGGGACGGCGGGUGGUGGCCAUCGAGGAAGGGCAGUCGGGUGCGGCGCCUCCUGGAAGAGAGGCCGUCUCGGAGCCGGUGUCGUCCGCCUUCCUCCUGCGGCAGCCUACUCCCGCCUCGUCUUCGCCGGCCGUGGGGUUUUCGUCGGCGCCCCAGGAGAACGGCCUUUUGGCGCCUCCCGCGCCUGGCUCCUCAGCGCGGCCUUUCGCCUCAGAGACCCAGUUGGUGCCCAGCACCCCUCAGAACGCCUCCCAGCAGUUGCAGGAUGCGGCCCGGCGGGUCGCCCUCCAGCAGGGCAGGUCGGAAGCGGCUGCUACUGCUGUUCCUCCUCCCGCCAGACUGCUUCCACCCAAGCAAUUAGACACCAUCUGUGUCCAACUACAGCCUGAUCAGACAAAAGAAAAUGAAAGACCAGCCUUUGCCACAAUUGCCACUAUUCAGUCCCAAAAUGUAACCACAACUCAGCCAGUUGAGAAGAACGCAAAGGUUUUGGGAGUCAAUGUUGUUAAUCCUCAGGUCAUUAGGAUAGAGCCUCUUACAGGAACUGGAUCACAUCAGUUUUUCUUACACAACUCUUCUGGACCCACAAUUCAGUUGCUCCUGCAGAGACCCCACAGACAAGUAUCUGCAGAUAAGAUAAUGACACAGCAAAUAUUGAAUGAGCAGAGAAGCAAGUCUCCUAUGCAAACUCCGCGUGGUAUUGUGGUUUCAACAAAUCCAGCAAACUCUAUUGGAAACUGUGAGAAGAAACACAGAGAGCAAAAGCUUAAAAAGACCUUGAAGGUGAAAACCCGAUCUGGGCGGAUUUCACGCCCUCCUAAAUAUAAAGCUAAGGAUUACAAAUUCAUUAAAACUGAAGACUUGGCGGACUGUCACCAGUCAGAUUCCGAUGACUAUUCCGAGCUCAGUGUAGAAGAGGAUGAAGAAGGCAAGGACAAGGGAAUGCCCUUGUUUGGUCCCUUGGCCUAUGACUUGAGGCCGAAAUUGUUCAAGUGUCAGACUUGUGAAAAAUCGUACAUAGGAAAAGGAGGAUUAGCAAGGCAUUAUAAAUUGAACCCUGAUCAUGGGCCGCAAGAAUCUUCGCCACCUCCCCCUAUGAAUAGUCUUUGUAGGAUAGCAUUGCUUGAAGAUGCUGGGAAAGCAAAUGGUGAAAGUAACCUUCGGACUUUUGUACCGCCACAAGUUACUGUAACAAAUGAAAAGGCAGAUGCCACAGAAAAUGGACAGCAGUCCAGUAUAGGUGGUGGAAAGAGAAAGUCUGCAGCACAGCAAAAGAACAUUUGUUUGUUAAAUUUGGGUCCAGGGAGACCUCGACAACCAAGGCGGCAUGGCUGCCCCAGGAAUACUGCAAGAUCAAGACAUUCUGGUUGCCGACCUGAACACAAGGUAUCUGCAGAACAUCACAGUGUACUUAAAAAGAAAGCUCGGCUAAAAGAGCUGAUUCAGCAGUGUUCCAAUGAAGAUUUCAUGGAGUUGGUGGCUCCACAUUUUGCAGCAGUUGUUACUGUGUUUGAAUUCCUGCUUAUGAAGGUAAAAAAAGAUGACCCACAAAAAAGGCUCUUUCCCGAUGUAUACAGGGAAUUUGAAGAAUUGCAUGCUGUAGUGAUGAAAAUGUCCCAAGAGUAUUUCAGCAAUCCUGAGAUAAAAGAGCCUGUGGAAAUUAAAAAUCCCAAGGUUGCUGAAUCACUAGGCAUGAACAGCAAUUUAUUUGGAAUGCAGAGUAUUCAAGCAGGCUUUUCCCCUGAACACCUUAAAAAUUUCAGUGAGCGCGCAGUUACAACGGCUCCAGCACAGAAACGAGCAGCUGAGAGUUCUGAUGAAAUGUUGCCGCUUGCGAAAAGGAGCAGAGAGCAAAGCCUGUUGGAGAACUCGGAUGAUUAUUUGAGUGACCAAGGAAUGAAAGAAAUAUGCGCUACAAAUGAAGAUUUCUUUCCAGAAGACAGCUCUGUAGCCAAUACCUGCUGUGGAAAUAGAAUGGCCAAGGAACAACAUGAAUCACUUGAAUUAGAAGCUGUGACGGACUGUGUAAAUCCUGAUCCACCCUGUCAGCCCAUGAAAGCAGGGCUUGAGAACUUGCAGUUUUCCAGAACGCUGGAACUGGGCCAUUAUCCAAGCUGCCUGUUCUCAUGUGAUGAAAUACAACCAGCUGUCAGUGCAGAAAAUUUGCAAGAGAAAACUGUGGACACAAACUCAUCUUGGAAUACAGCAAGCAUGACAAAGGGGUCUGAAUUCUGUAACUCUCUUGCAUCUGAAGAAUCUAGUCAAAAUCCUGACUUGCCAGUGCUUGAAGAAAACUGCGAUAACGGAAAAUAUCAACUUCGACAGGAAGCAAAUGAAGACUCCCCCCUUAACGAAAAGGUAGAACAGCCUAAGGACACUGAUAGUGUUGAUGACCUUGAAAAACACUUUCCCAGUAGUGCCACGGAAGCAAUUCAUCAAUUUGAGAAUAGAACGGAGAGAGCUGCUCCCGUGUAAACAGCCUGAGAAUUCAGUGAUGUAAUUGGUAUAAUUUAUGGGAUAUAACAAUGGGCUGGGUGGAGAAAGAAACAAUAAUACUUCUCAUGAAUAACAUCCAUGAGUUUCUCUCUUGGGACAACAGUAAAUCAUUGAGGCUUGUGCUGGGCUUGUUCUGCUUUGCACUAGUGGUACAGUUACUACUGUGCUCCUUGGCACAGCUUAAACCUGUCUGAAAAUUUUACAGGCGCGUUUAAUAGCAGAAAUGAGGGAUAGAAACAGAGAUCUUGAUUCUGCAAAGGCUUUGUUUCCACUAAGUGUUCUUUCUUGGAGAAGAAAUAUUUUAACACUUAUUUUUCUAAUUUAAAUGUUAUGCUUGAUCUACUUCGUUAGGUUGAAUGUGUUCAGCACAAUAACCAAAACUUCAGAAGGCUAUUUAAACUGCUUUAUAGUGAGAUAAAUGUUCCUUAUAGUUGCAUUGUCAACUUAAUUGAGGCAAUCUCCCUAGAUUGCAUUUUUUGGCAGAUACGUUGCACUGUUUCUUGACAAUGUUCUGAUGAAGUAAAAUGGAUUCUGAUGGAACUGCUGAAAAAUAUUAAAAACAAAGAUAUAAUUAAAUUUUAUUGUCUCAAACUUUA